AUGCCGCUCCUUGCUCAGAGGAAGUUGGCGGUCCCGACUCAAGAUCUCCUGUCAUGGAUUUUCGACCGGCCAGACUAUGAUCCAGACAAGCCCAUAUACAUCGACACUUCAAACCCAUCACGGACACUGUGCCUCAACCAGGGACGUUCCAUGGUUCGCAAGCUCGCAGCUGGUUUCCGGGCAGCAGGACUGAAGAAGGGUGAAUGUGUCUGCGUCCACUCUUUCAACGAUAUUUAUUAUUCGGUCCUUUUCCUAGAGAUACUCGCCGCUGGGGCCAUUUUUGUGGGAACGAAUCCCUCCUAUACACCCUUCGAGCUGAAACACCAUCUCAUGACUGCCGGUGCAAAGUUCGUCAUCACUGAGCCCGAAUUGUUGGAUGCAAUCAAGGCUGUGUCGGGAGACUGCGGUAUUUCCGACUCCAAUGUCCGCAUAUUCAACGUCAAAGGCCAAGAGGUGCCAAAGGGAUUUCAGACAUGGUCCGAACUUCUGCAUCACGGAGAGCGAGACUGGGAUCGAUUCGACAAUGAAGAGAUCUGCGGCGCAACACCGGCCGCAUUUUUGUUCAGUUCAGGAACCACAGGACUUCCAAAGGCAGCGGUGAUAUCCCAUCAUAACCUGAUAGCCCAACAUACUCUGGCAAUUGUACCCGAUACGGCACCUUGGGAGGUCCGACGUCUUUUGUACAUGCCCAUGUUCCACGCAGCCAUCGUACCUGUUGGUCACACCACCCCUUUCAAAGCGGGCCACAAGACCUACGUGAUGCGACGUUUCGAGAUGCAGGAGUUCCUGCAGUCAAUACAGGCAUUUAAAAUAACCGACCUCUCCAUCAGUCCACCGGUUGUGGUCAUGGCUUUGGCCAGUCCACUGCUAAAUCGGUAUGACCUUACUUCGGUUAAAUGGUGCAGGUCCGGAUCUGCGCCAUUGGGCAAGGUGCAUCAGCGCGAAUUUGAAAAGCAUCUGGCCCCGGAUGGCGUCUUCAAUCAAGUCUGGGGGAUGACGGAGACAACCUGUGUGGCUUCCCGGUUUUGGUAUCCGGAAAAUGACUCGACAGGUAGCAUUGGACGAUUCAUCCCGAAUUUAGACGCCAAAAUCGUGGAUGAACAAGACAACGACAUCACGGCUGUCGGGGCAAAGGGUGAGCUUUUAGUUAGAGGUCCUACCAUCAUAAGAGGCUACUAUAAAAAUCCCGCUGCCAACAGAGAGGCCUUUGACGAAGAGGGACAUUUCAGGACAGGCGACAUUGUGUCUUGCGGAAGGAUGCUAGACGACAACACCACAAUUCAAGCAGAUGGUCGAAGUGUUGACGAAACUAUAAACGAGACCGCAGCCACAGCGAAGUGGUACAUCCUCGAUCGAAAGAAAGAACUCAUUAAGGUGAGGGGAUUCCAGGUUUCCCCUGCGGAGUUGGAAAAGGUCCUCCUACAGCACCCGGCCAUUGUGGACGCGGCGGUCAUUGGUGUCAAGGUGUACCAUGAUGCCACCACCUCUUCUCCAUCUUCCGGCAGUCUCGUUGACAGUGGGAAGGACGGCGAACACCCUCGCGCCUAUGUGGUGUUAGGACAAGGCAGGUCUACAACUGAAGAGGACGUGAAAGCGUGGUGUGGCCAACACCUGACUAAGUACAAGGCUUUGACUGGGGGUGUGAGAUUCAUCGACGCUCUACCAAGGAAUGCGGGCGGCAAACUCUUGAAAGGUGUCUUGCGAGAAGAGGCUGCCAAAGACGUUGGAUUUGGAGGACCACCAAUGCAAGAUAUAAAGAGUCUCGACAGCAUGGAUGAAGUCAGCUCUACCUUCAGGGCCAAACUGUGA